AUGGCGCCCCCCACGUCCCUGUCGUCGCACGAGCGAACGAGAGUGGAAGACUAUUUAAAUGACAAGAUCCAGGUCUCUGCCGAUCUAGAGAGCCUCGACUCGCUGCUGUCUAGCCUCCGUGCCCAACAGGAGCUUCAGCGGAAGCAGCUAGCAGAGGCACAUGAAGCACUCUCGAAUGCGACAAAAGCUUCCAACGACCAUGCUGAGGCCACCCGCAAGCGUGCCGAGGCAUUCGCGUCCGAGCAGGCGGACAUCGAUCGCCGACUGAAGGCCAUUACACAAUCAGAGACGAGCGAUGAGGCUGUGCACCGGCUGGAGAAGAGCAUGGAAAGACUCCAGCGUCUGGAGAUCUCCAAGGGAUAUGUACAGCUGCUAAAGGAGGCUGAGGAAUUAAGCAAGGAAGCUCUUACCAGUAUAUCCUCCGAUCCUCGUGCCGCAUUGAACCCAUAUGCUCGACUACGCAGCAUCGUCUUGUCCCUGAAAGAAGCUCAGCCUGCCGCCGAGGGAGCCGCCCCGCACCUCAUCAACUACACGGAGAAGUUGGCGUCAGCGUUGCGACAACAACUGCGGAAAUUCUUCGGCGAUCGAUUGCAGAAGACGAUGGAGGCUUUGAAAUGGCCGACACGAGAGCUGAACAUUACCGAUACGCUGUUAGCUCAAUGGACACAGGACGUUGAACUCUUGAUUGAUUUGCAGAUGCCGGAACUACAAGGUCGCGAUGUUUUGGACACAGAUCAUGGUCUUGAGCCGCCGGUUCUGUUCCCCCUGGAGGUGAUGGUACAUCCUCUAGACCUACGGUUCAAGUAUCACUUCAGCGGCGACAAGCCAACGAACAGACUUGACAAGCCCGAAUACUUCCUUGCCCACAUCAUGGAUCUUAUCAGCCAGUUUGGAGGGUUCUUCACAUCUUAUCUGCAACCAAUCCUCGAUGAAAAGGCCCAAUCGGCUGGCCCAGCUCUGGAAUGGAACUUCUACAAUGCUCUGCAUGCCUUCAUCACGGCUCUACUUCCAAUGCUGAGACACAAAAUCGAAACCUUCAUGCCCCAGAUCUCAAAUCAUCCUCACUUGCUCAGCCAUUUCAUCCACGAGCUAAUGAACUUUGACAACGACCUCCGGGAGACAUGGAAUUACCUACCAGAUCCCUACGCUGAAGAUGAUUGGAAGGGCAUAACCUGGGAACUUCUCACAAAACAAGGAUGGUAUGAUCGCUGGCUCCAGGUGGAGAAGGAAUUCGCUUUGGCGCGAUACCGGGAUAUCAUCGACACACCAGAUAGCGGAGAAAUCGACUAUGAUGGUGUCGAGCUCACAGCAACCAAACCUACAAAGGCUGCAAUACGGGUGAAUGACCUGCUUGAAACCAUCACCGAGCGAUACCAGCCAUUGUCUUCCUUCAGUCAGAAGCUACGAUUCCUCAUUGACAUCCAGAUCACCAUUUUCGACCAAUUUCACGAGCGUCUUCGUGAGGCUUUGGAUGCCUAUCGGACCAUGACCUCCGCUCUUGGCCGUACAGUCCAGGGAGCUGACGGGCAGGCUAGCGUUGAAGGUGUUGCGGGCCUUGAACGGCUUUGUCGGGUUUUUGGUAGUGCAGAAUACCUCGAGAAAAAGAUGGAGGAUUGGAGCAACGACGUUUUCUUUGUGGAACUGUGGUCUGAGCUUCAAGAUCGAGUGAAGCAGAACCGCGAUGGUGGCCGUAACGUGGCUGGCACCAUGUCUGUCGCGGAAGUUGCAUUACGCACAUCGCCAGCCGUUGCGAAUCACGACGCGGCUAAUCCUCAAACAUCAGAGGGAGCGCUCUUCGAUGAGACUGCCUCCGCAUACCGUCGUCUACGGUUGCAAUCCGAAUCAAUCAUUACAUCAACAUUGACCUCGAAUAUCACUGCAGCCUUGAAGCCUUACUCACGCCUGGCUACCUGGGCAACGCUUUCUACCCCUUCGGCUGGUGUAACGACCUCUUCUCUAUCCCUUUCUUCUGACCUAGCACAUGCAAUGCGCAUCCUGUCAACUCAGCUGAAUUUCCUCGCUCGAGCUCUAGGAGUUGCACCGCUCCGACGAGUCUCCCGUCAGCUCCUCUUGUCGAUCCAGACAUACAUUUGGGACAACGUGUUGAUGAGGAAUAACUUCUCCGAAACUGGCGCCGCACAGCUUGCUAGCGAUAUUGAUCACCUUUGCAGUGUGGUCGAUAAUGCUUUGGGUGUGGCCGGCCAUGUCGGUGGUUCGACGCGGAUUGUCAAGAAGCUUAAUGAGGGUCUGCGUAUUUUGAACCUGAGUGCGGCCGCAGGUCCAAGUGCGGAGAAUGUGGAGGAAGAUAGCACUGCGUUGGGACUGGGGGAUGUGGAGAAGAGGCUUUUUAAGGACAAUGAGAGUGCCCGUGCUGUCCUUGCUGAACUUGAGAUCGAUAGUCUGGCUGAAGCUGAGGCACGAUCUGUCUUGGAGAAAAGGGUUGAGAUCGGUAAUUAG